AUGACCAACGAUCAAGUUUAUUACUCAAAAGGCUUUGACAAGACAAAAUCAGAUACACACUCAUGGAGAAAUGUUGAGAAUUCUUCAAAAUUUGUCACAUCGGUACUUAAACCAAAUUUUAAAGUACUAGAUGUUGGAUGUGGGCCAGGAACAAUUACCAUUGAUUUUGCACGAAAUUAUCUUAAUCAAGGCGGGUCAAUUAUAGGAGUGGAGCCAACUAAAGAGUUGAUUGAUCUAGCCAACGAAACUAGGGCAAAAACUGUACCCGACUUGAAAAAUAUUGAGUUUACUUUAGGUUCAAUUUAUAAGUUACCUUUUGAAGAAAAUACUUUUGAUCUCGUGCAUGCACAUCAAGUGGUGGUUCACUUACAAGAUCCAAUAGCUGCAUUAGCUGAGUUGAAACGAGUUACUAAGCCAGGUGGGUAUGUUUGCGUAAAAGACGGAGAUAUUGAAACUUCAAUUAUUUCCCCUCCAAAAUACGAGAUAUUGGUUGAUUAUUAUAUUUUAACAGCCAAAAAUGCAGUUUCUACAGAUAUAAGAGCAGGAAGAAAUUUAAGAGGAAAAGCCAUUAUAGCCGGUUAUGAAGCUAAAAAUAUUACAACCUCCGUGUCAAACUGGUUGCUUGCGGAUGACAGUGCCGCAAAACAGAACUGGGCUAAAUUGUUUAUAAAUAGAAUUGCUAAUAACAAGGAUGAAGUGAUGUUUCGCGAUGACAAUGAGAAGGAUCAAGCAGCCAAGAGAGAGGUUAUUGAGAAAUGGAAAGAAUGGCAAAACGAUGAAAAUGGAUUACUUGAAUUGCUUCAUUUUGAGAUUAUCUAUAAAAAGCCAAUAAAUAUGUAG